GCUAGGGGACUUCGUAGAGAAAUGUGGGAAGAAAGCAGCGCCGCAUUUCAACAUCUCGGAGUGUUCUCCUACUCAGAUUAAGCAGCUCCUUGACAUCGCCACUCAAGGGGCACGUGCCAUACGAGAGCUCGAAGUCGAAGGUGUCGUCGCCCCCAGACUCCAUGUAAAGCUGGAGUCGAGGCACUGUGUGGCAGCGACACUGAGGGCCGGAACGACCAAAAGCAAUGUCCCUGAAAAGAUCCAGCAGUCCGACCAGGCUGGGAAACUUGGGGCAGAGCUGAUGUUUUCGACGGGAACGGUUGAGGAGGAGCUGCUCCAGAAAGCCUGGAAGGAUGCAGCAUAUGGUGCCGCUCUCUUUGUGGACCCGGAGAUCAGGGAUGCCGGGAAACUUCUCGAUCAGGCUGGAGUUGCGGAAAGCCCUCUAAGGUUGGCUUGCGAGAGCCCAUGUGCUCGCAUUCAUGUAGAACGAAUCACCAUGUGCUACGACAGUGGCUCUGAUGCUGGCCAGCAGCAUGACCGAAGUCCGCUGCCAGAUGCAGCGCGGUGGCGCCGUCGCCACGGGCCUUACAGCCACAGGGAGCUGAUCCGGGUGAGGGUCCUGAAGUGGCACUCUCUCCGGGCGAAGGAUGUCCCGGAAUUUGCUGUGAAACUUGCUGGCCUUGUUAUCUUGAGCCUUGCAAUGCCAUUUGGCUGGGUCGGUUCCCCAGGCGAGUUUGUCGCCUGGAGUGCUGCUGCGAAAGCCCACCACGGGUCGUUCCGACCAAUGGAACCAAGGUUCAACGACGUGGUGCCAUUUGAGUCAAAGUGGCUCAUGGACGACGGGGUUGUGGUUGAGCCCAUGGUGGGCAACCGGGUCUUCGAUUCGCUCGCCGUGCUAGACGAGACGAUGCAGCUGGUUUGGGGGCCUGAAGGAGUCAACGUUGAGAAGAUGGCUGAGGCGAAUCCGCCCUCCAACGAGGCUGUCGAGAAGUGCCGCUGCGUCUGCUUCAGGAACUCAUCGGAUGUAACCUCCAAGGCAGGAGGAGCUCGGGGUUCUCGGGGAAAGAUCAAUGUGCUGGUGCAAAAGGCUUCCAGUCCCGAGGAAGAAGAACAUCGAUGGGAGGACUUCUGGGACACUCUUGAUUUCAUCAGGCUACAACUGGAGGCUCCAUUACAAUGUAGUUUCACCGCGGUCUUUGAGAAACUUUUGCCCAUCCGUGAACGUCUCGCUCUACCAGGUGCCACCGCCCGAGCCAGAAUCACUGGGGGGGAGGCCAUUCCUGAGCGGAUUGGAGCUGUUGACUGGAAGGACAAUGUGUUUCAUGCAGAUCAGGUGGAUCAGUAUCGGGAUGGUUUGAGGCAGCUUGCUCGGGAUGGAGAGGAGACUGACAUCAUCUCGGUGAUGGAGCUCUUGGCGUUUGUUGUUUUGGCUUGCCACCGGAAGGGCGAUUGGAAUGGAGAGCUCGUCCUUUACGUCACUGACAACAUGAACGUGAGGACCUGGCUGCAUAAACGCAGCCCCCGGAACCGAGCAGCUAGCCUCCUAGUUCGGCUGGUGCAAAGGCUCGAGUCCGAAUCCAAUCUCACUUUCCAUCCCAUUUACAUCCGUACCUACCGCAACCAGCUAGCCGAUUGGCUCAGUCGGGAAGACUUAGGGCUUGUCCGGAGCCAGCUCAUCGCAGGAGGGUGGGUUGAAGUUGAUACGUCAAUCCAUUGGGAGCAAUUCUUACAAGAUGCUAAGCGCUCCGCUCUGGUGUACCCCACCGGUGAGGAUUCCCAGACACAAGUUUGUCUCCGGGUUCCGUGGCAACCGCUGCAUGUGGAUGACUACCCGGAGCUGACGA